AUGGUGUUCCUUGACUUUGCAGCUCUCCUUCUCGAUUGGCACCGCGGAAUUCAUAAUGCGUGUAGAAGUUCUCCAGUUCCACUUCAUGUCCACUGGGCUGUGCAUUCGACGGCACACGUGCUCGUCACUCUAUCGCUGGGUGGUGCAUUGAAGCUGGAUCUCUCGCACCUCCCAGUCAGUCUUCUAACUGCCAGUCAAUGUCACGCCGCGCAAGUUACCAUCAGUAGUCGUAUAUGGCUCAGCACUUUGAGCACCGUACCUCGCUCAAGACCCCACAGCAACAUGCAAGGAUAUUCAACGUCCAAGAGUGAGCGCAAGUACGUCGAGCUCUUAUAUCGCGCGUCAACCAAGUAUUCCAAUUGGAACCCGGAGGUAGAAGUAGGAGAUUGGGGGCACAUCACUGCCCCUAGCUCAAGCUGGCCUUUCUCGCGUGGCAGGGGAGGUAUCUUUGUGAAGGAAGGGAAUAUCUACGAGGAUGGGCUCGCCGAAAGAUACGAUGUUCCUCAACCAGCAGAAUACGGAGGUGAUGCAUUGGAGGGAGUGACCUGGCUGGUGUCUCAGAAUGCAGGGGAACCGGACAGGACUCACGAUGUGGCGAGCUCGACUCCCGCACUCGCAAGCUGCAGAAUUUAA